UUUCUAAUAAAUGUAAGAAAUUAUAAAGAAUAGAGAUAGGGACCGUGUAGUUUUUACAUAGUUGCUCCAACUCUCCAAUCACAGCCCAACACCUUCAAUCUCUCUGUUGAAGAUUUUAGCAAAAAGCUUAGAUUCAUUCCUUGGAGCUAGGUCCCUUUGCUUUUGAGCUUCUUAACUAGUGUUGUUGUCUCUCUCAUUUCAUCGCAGUGGUGCAUAUAUAUGUCCUUUUUCUCCCUCUUUUCUUCCUUGCUCAGAGCUGAAGUAAUAAGGAAGAAAGCUGAGAGAGCUUUUCUCAGCUUUUUUUCGCUUCUCCAACUUCCUCGCAGAAUCGCUUUAACCUGUUUUCCCACCUGGGUUUUCCAUUUCCACCUAGUCUUCCCUUUCUUGAAGUUUUAGCUUCUCUCUUGUUUCGUUUCUCUUUAUUUCCUACUCCUGCUUGGAUACAUCGAAGAGCUUGACGCUGCAAAGAAAAGCUUUACUCUUAGUUUUCACUUUGCACCAACAAGCUUUCCUCUUUUCAAAUCUUUGGCUUCUUCUGUCCCGGUUCCUAUGAAAUUGUUUCUGAUUUGCUUCCCAUGGAGGUUUAACUGGGUACCGAUCUCAGUAGGGGUUCUAGGGUUCCAUCCUGGAAUAUUUUGAUAGUAUUUUUUUGGUAUUAUUGGUAAUGGUUUUUACUAAAUUUAAUUUGUUGGAUAGUUGGGUCUUUUUUAGAUUCCUCAGGGGUAUGACUGCACCACGAAAAAAGCUAUUCUGAUUCCUCUCUAAUGCUUCCUGAUUUAACACUGAUAUUUUUGCGGUGAAAACUCCACCUCUCUGCAUUUUCUACCUGGGUUCUUUUUCCUUUUCCUUUUCCUCUUUCCCCAAAUAUAACACCUCUAGCUCAAUUUUCCAUCAAAGAAUUGCCUAUUUGUUCCAAUUCUCUGGCAUGCUAUUAUAGUUUUGCCUCGUAAUUGGAUGGAAUGAAGUGGGAAAUGGAAGUUCUUUCACCUGCGUCGUAUCAUUCAAGCACAAAUUGGCUAAUAGAAGAGAGCAAGAGCGCCAAAUGGACUCCAGCGGAGAACAAGAUUUUUGAGAAUGCUCUUGCAGUCUACGAUAAGGACACACCUGAUAGAUGGCAUAGAGUUGCUGCUAUGCUCCCUGGGAAAACUGUAGGCGAUGUCAUAAAGCAGUACAGGGAAUUAGAAGUUGAUGUUAGCAAUAUAGAGGCAGGGCUCAUUCCAAUUCCUGGAUACAGAACCUCUCCCUUCACAUUGGAUUGGUCUAGCAGUAAUAGCUAUGAUGGGUUCAAACAAUCUUAUGCUGGUGGGAAGAGACCUUCUUUUGGUCGGACUGCUGAUCAGGAGAGAAAGAAAGGAGUUCCAUGGACAGAGGAGGAGCACAAGCUGUUCCUGAUGGGCUUGAAGAAGUAUGGCAAAGGAGACUGGAGAAACAUAUCCCGUAAUUUUGUGGUAACAAGAACACCAACACAAGUGGCUAGUCAUGCACAGAAGUAUUUUAUCAGGCAGCUGUCAGGAGGAAAAGAUAAGAGAAGAGCUAGCAUCCAUGACAUAACAACUGUCAACCUUAACGACAUGAGAACUCAUUCACCUGACUGUAAAAGACCACCUUCACCUGAUCAAUCUACUGUGCUUUCUCAGCAGUCCAAUGCUGUUGCCAUGCCCAGAACACAUUUUCAAUGGAAUGAACACAAUACUGGAGCAACCAUGGCUUUCAAUGCAACACAUGGGAAUGUGUUCAUGCCUUCUCCUUAUGGAAUUAACCCAUAUGGGCUUAAAAUGCAAGCUCACAAUCUGCACAGAGGUGCUGUUCGUGAAUCUUGCUUCGGACCACAAAUAGCUUUUCAGAUGCAAUCUGCACAGCACUACCCUUAUGGAUGAGAGUACUGCAAUGGUUUUGAUUUCUUCAAUGCCGCCUCUUUUUUUAGUUUCACUGGAAUAGCUCUGUCUGCGCUCUUUUUUUCCAUUUUAACCCUUUUCUUUUCUUUAUCCUUUACUCUUUCUUUUCCCUUUUUUUCUGGGGUCUGUGUAUAUAUAUGUCAUUAAGAAUUCGAGUUUAGUCUAUAGUUGGUACUUGAGCUUGGAGGACAAA